CACGUUGAGUACCCGGCUAGCCUUGACUUAUUACUCAGAUAUGUUACAAUCAAAAUGUUCAAAUUGAAAACAUUGCGAGGUGAGGAGACGGGGCUCGAGUCUGGCCUGCAAGUCUGCAAGAAGUUGGAGGACGAUCUAGUGGAAUGCCUGAAUGUCGUUGACCGUCUGAGCCGGAAAUACAAAGAUCCAGUUGAGGAUCCCGUGCCCGUGAACAGCUUGGGUUCACCGUCUACACUAGAGACAAGCAGCUGCUCCGACCUUAGUGGCAAUUCCUUGUUGCGGCAGGACCCGGAGGUGGAAGCGAUAAGCACACCAGUCGGAGCCAGGAGCGGGCAACAGCUGAGCAGCUCUUACGUGGAUAUGCACACGAAAUGCAUUAAGAUUAAGCGCGAACUGGAAGGCACGAUUUCGCUCAACAAACAGAUAAGCGAAUUGGCAUAUCGUCAACGGAAAAAUGACUAUAGCAUUCCCGAAGAGAUCACAGUCUACCUGGAGAAUAUGAAGAAGAAGUCCUCAAAACAAUAGAGGUUGUUGCUGUUGCUUUUUAUUAUAUUCCAUCAAAGUUUUGUCUGCCGGUGAUCGGGACUCAGAAAUUGAACAUUUUCUCGACACUUGGCAGCUUUUAUUAAAAAUUACUGUCACCAUAAGACGAGACAGAGAAGUUGAGCAACUUUCAAAACUCAUUUGGCUUGACAUGAAAAUAAGGCAAAGUUUUUCACUGU